AUGGAUGUUUUCUCUUCAAACAGCAAGGGAAGUUUGACUGUUGGACAGGACAAUCACAAAAAGCAGAAUGCCCUUCAGAAUGCAGUCACAGGCUCUAUUUUCGGUGGAGACUUUGAAGGAAAAGAAAAGUGCAUCGGCGAGGGUUCUAUUUGUGUAGGAAGAGUCAGGCUUCUCAAGGACUUCUAUGAAAAAGGUGUCUUCCUCACUAGGAACAUAAAGGUGAGAAAGACUCUGUAUGACUUGAAUCCAAGUGUUAGAGAAAGAAUAAGAAUGCUUGAGAAUAUCAUAGUUAAACAGGGGAUUUAA